UAGUUUUGUUAAGCAAGAAGGAAGCGCCUGCGACAGAGAGAGUCUGUCGGAAGCCAGCAAUGGCGAGUCACCAUCAAGUCGGUGGCCGGCUGACUUCAUUGCGAAGAAAUACUGGGUUUUGUUAAACAUGGAGGCGCCUGUGACAGAGAGAAAUAUAACUCGAAAAGAAGGCAAUAUCAACUGGAUGUUAUCUUACCCCGAUCCAACUCCGAUUGCUUUCUUUCGAAAUAUAUUUCCAACUCAUCGGGGCCGAGCAAUUGAAAAAUAUCGAAAUAUACUUAACUUGGCUUUUAAUGAAGCUGAUAAUCAGGAAAUGAAGGACAAACUCAAAAAAAAUGAAAGAAACAAUCGAUGUAUGCAAUUGGAUGGAAGCGAGGAUACUAAAGGAUUGGGAAACGUGGAUGCAAGAAAAAACAGCAUUCGCCGAUCUGUCCGUAAUACGAAUAUCACUCUUCAUAAGGAGAUUAACACGUUAGCAAUAAACGAGAAUACAAAAGGAACUGGAGAAUAUAAUGAAGAAUCAUACUCUGAUCUUGAUUCAAGCGAAGAGGAACGAGAUGAAGUUGACGAUUUUAAGAGGGAUGAUGAUAAUGGUAACAUCAAUGUUAGUGAUAGUGGAUUUGUAGAGCGCAUAGAAGAAUGCCCGUCGACUUGUCAUCAGCCAUGGAUCCUCAGUAGCGGUACGAAUGUUGGAGAAAAGUUGGAAAAUUACGUCAAGUCGAUUCCCGAAGCACAGAAAUGUGUGAAUUUCGCAUAUUGGAAUAUUCUCGACUUGAGUGAUGAUAGCCAAGUUAAAUCUCUUUUUUCGAAGAAUGACUGGGAAGAAAUGAUUGGAAGCUUCAGUAACGAAGUAAAAUUAGUCGAAUCGGAUAUUUCUGAUGUAGUUGUGUAUUUUUUUGAUGAAGUUGAAAAGGUCACAAAAAAAGGUGACAAAAAUAUAAUCAAUACGAUUGAUAGCCUAACACCAGAUAUUAUCGAAAAGAGUCGAAACAUAAAGCUUAGCGACGAUGAAAAAGACAUCAUUAGUAUUUUAAGAUGUGCUGUCGUUACAUAUGGGGAAAUAGCUUGUUGGGCCUCGGCUCAUCGUCGAAACGAAGGUCGUUCUGUUGUCCUCAGAGCUCGUAUUGGACAAAAGUGCGAUUUUAAAGGAAUCUUAAAAAGGAGUAUAAAUAGGCUUGAGGCUUUAAUAGGUCUCAGAAGCGGUGGACUCCCGGAAUCUCAUCCAAAAAAAAUUUAUGGAGAUAAAAUCGAUCUUUGUGUAGCAAUGCGAGAUGUUUUAUAUACUUUUUUUAAAGAAAACUCAAAAGCACCUGGAUCUGAUGUUCAUAGCACUUAUGUUCUUGGAAUACAUUCGUGGGGGUGGGUCCAUGAAGUAUACGGAAUGGAUUGUAAAGCAACGAAUUUGCUACGGCUUGGAAGACUAAACCAUGCAAGGAUGCCUAACGCUUUAAAAACGCUAUCAAAAUCGAAAGAAAAAAAUUCAGAACAAGUUGGUGAGAAUGGAGGAUCAUUUGAAACUCCUUCACAAACCCCAGUAGACAAAAAAGGUAGAAGACGUGAAUUAUGUGAGUUUAACAAAAAAGUCAAUAAUUAG